UCGAACUAGGCUCCAGCCAUGCGGCUGAUCCUUAUUAUCCUGAUCCUCUCCUCGGGGACAGGACUCCCGAGGUACUACGAGAAGAGGCGCUUCGACCGUUCCGUUUACGAUGAUUUCGAAACACAUAUCAUGAAUAUACAUUUACCAAAAAAACAGUGGACAUUCAUCGAUCAUGAAACGCAUUUCAAAGCGUACAAAGAUAAAAAAGAAAACGACUGUUAUUUGGAGAACCUGGAAGAUAGCGUUGGUCUAGAAGAACUUUCAGAAAAUAGAUUCCAACAACGAAAACAAGCAUCAAGAGUUCUGUAUGCGUCAACGGAAGCUUUAACAAAAUUAGAGGCUUGGCGAAUAGCUGGGGGCAGAGUAGUUGAUUUUUGUCAGGGACGACAAAUUAUUUUACUGCAAAGUACAAUGCCCAUAGUGAUCCAAACAGUAGAUCCUUUCUCCAAUGUGAUUCCGCAAGAUGAAAACGAUAUCGUGACUAGAAGAGUAACUGACGUAGUUUUAACGCCUUUGAUAAGUCGAGCGAAGAGGCAAAUUAUGCUUGAAGAACGACAAAAGUUAAAUGAGAAAUUCCGAGAGACUCGUAUACGGCGUCAAGCACAGCAACAACCACGUGGAAAAUUUCGAGGACAGACGCAGUCUCAGUAUUUAAAUAUCGGUAAUAACGAUCAGAGCGAAGGCAAAGCUGAAGCCGAAGCCACUCAACAAUCCUCCCGUGCACUUGUCAGUGGAAGUAGAGGUAUGGGCCAAGCGCAAAGUAUGUCGUCGAGUGGUAUUGGAUGCGAAGAUUGCCCAAAAUAUACUAGCGAAGCCGUACCAGACAGAUACAUCCAACAUCCGGGCACCACGGGAACCGCAACCGGUGGAACUCAUUUUCCCAACGUUUUUCCUACAAUCGGACAAUCAGGAGGUAGAAUAGUUCACCCUGGCACUAGAGUAGACGCAACAUAUCCGGGUGGCGUUACACCGGGAGAAAAAGUAUAUCCAGAUACUAUUACACCAGGAGGUGGUGUAGUUUAUCAUGGCAAUGUACCAGGUGGAACAAGAACUGGAGGUGGCGAAGUUUAUCCUGGCGGUGUACCUGGUGCUAGAACGACAGGAGGUGGUGUAGCUUAUCCUGGUAAUGUGCCUGGUAGUACAACAACUGGAGGUGGAACAGUUUAUCCUGGUAAUGUGCCUGGUGGUACGACAACUGGAGGUGGAACAGUUUAUCCUGGUAAUGUGCCUGGUGGUACGACAACUGGAGGUGGAACAGUUUAUCCUGGUAAUGUGCCUGGUGGUACGACAACUGGAGGUGGAACAGUUUAUCCUGGUAAUGUACCUGGUGGUACAACAACUGGAGGUGGAACAGUUUAUCCUGGUAAUGUACCUGGUGGUACGACAACUGGAGGUGGAACAGUUUAUCCUGGUAGUGUACCUGGUACUCGAACAACAGGAGGUGGUGUAACCUAUCCUGGUAAUGUACCUGGUGGUACGACAACCGGAGGUGGAACAGUUUAUCCUGGUAGUGUACCUGGUAGUCGAACAACAGGAGGUGGAGUAACUUAUCCUGGUAAUGUACCUCAUGGUACGACAACUGGUGGAAUAGUUUAUCCUGGCCCUGUACCUGGUAGUACGACAAUUGGAGGUGGAACAGUUUAUCCCGGCAAUGUACCUGGUAGUACGACAAUUGGAGGUGGAACAGUUUAUCCCGGCAAUGUACCUGGUAGUACGGCAACUGGAGAUGGAACAAUUUAUCCUGGUAAUAUACCUGGUCUUAGAACAACAGACGGAGGAGUAGCCUAUCCCGGUAGUAUUCCUGGUGUUAGAACAACAGACGGAGGAGUAGCCUAUCCCGGUAGUAUUCCUGGAGUUAGGACAACGGACGGAGGAGUAGCCUAUCCUGGUAGUGUUCCCAGUGUUAGAACAACAGAUGGAGGAGUAGCCUAUCCCGGUAGUAUUCCUGGAGUUAGGACAACAGACGGAGGAGUAGCCUAUCCUGGCAGUGUACCCGGUUCUCAAACACCAGGAGGCGGUGUAGUUUAUCCAACCAAUGUACAUGGUAGUACCAUAACUAGAAAUGGUGUAGUUUAUCCUGGCGGUGCACCUGGUACUACAACUGGAGGUGGUGUAGUUUAUCCUGGCGGUGCACCUGGUACAACUCGAGGUGGUGUAGUUUAUCCUGGUGGUGCACCUGGUACUACAACUGGAGGUAGUGUAGUUUACCCUGGCGGUGUACCAGGUACUACAGCUGGAGGUGGUGUAGUUUAUCCUGGCGGUGCACCUGGUACAACUGGAGGUGGUGUAGUUUAUCCUGGCGGUGCACCUGGUACAACUGGAGGUGGUGUAGUUUAUCCUGGUGGUGCACCUGGUACUACAACUGGAGGUGGUGUAGUUUACCCUGGCGGUGUACCAGGUACUAGAACGACAGGAGGUGGAAUAGCCUAUCCUGUUAAUGUACCUGGUAGUACAGCGCCUGGAGGUGGUGCAAUCUAUCCUAGCAGGGGAUCAGAAGACACAAUAACAACUAGUAAAUUUGGUCCUUAUCCCGGUUUAGUACCAGAUAGUGAUAGAACCUAUUUAGGAAAUACAGGGGACAGGGGAGCUACACGUGGUCAAGUUAUAACAGAAUCGAACGCCUCUGCAGAUUCCAGAAUAUAUCCAGGCCAAAUUCCGGGAGUUCUGUAUCCUGGAAUGGUUGGAACAGGCCCAUCAGUCAAUGGCAAUGUAGGUAGAACUACGACGACAGGGGCUGAUGGUGGUAUUGCUUAUCCUGGUGGUGUUUCGCCGUCAGAUAGACAAUUAAUAUCAACUGGUGGAGAUAGUACAUCAGGAACACGUACUAUAACACCAGGUGGUGUUGGUACAUAUCCUGGAACAGGUGAUCGUAUAAAUUACCCCGGAGGUAUUUCUACAGGUACUGGUGGUACAGGAUUAUACCCAGGUGGUGUUCUUCCAGGAAUUAAUCAACCAAGCGUUGAUCGUGGUACCAUAUAUCCUUAUCCUGAAAGUACCCAAGUUAGACAAGGCGGGUAUCCUCCUGGUGUUCAAGUAGGAUCUGACAAUACGCAUCUUCAAAACAUUGGAAAUGGAGGAUCAGGAAUAUUAUAUCCUAAUACCGUACUAAAAUAUCCCGGAGGUCCCAUGACACAGUACCCUGGAGCGGAAAAAUAUCCAAGCACAUAUCCUUCUGGAUAUCCACCGCAAGGACAAUACCCUGGUGCGACGACAUGGAAUACUGGACAAGGUCAAACUAUACCAGAUAUAACCGGAGGGCGUGUAUCAGAGGAAAUUAAUAGACAAGGAGCUGAACGAUAUCCAAGUCCAGAACAAAAUGUUAGACAACAAUAUUUAGGAGUACGGUAUCCAAAUGAAAUGGGACCAGCAGGAAAUACUAGAGAAAUUUCCCAGUAUUAUCAACAAGCCGGUAGUUUUCCAUCCACGGGUGAUGACAAUUCUGAUUCUCAAGCGUCUAGUUCUGUAAAACAAACCGAUUCAGGUACACAAGCUAGUGCGUCGGCUCAAGGGACGCAAGGUCAAGGUACAGCCCAAUCUCAAGUGACAGGUACGUACAGUGGCUCUGGAUCAUUUGCGGCCCAGGCUGGUAGCAGUGAUGUUAAUAAAAGUGCUCAAACUGAAAUUAGCGGCGAUCAAAAUGGUGCUACAAGCAAUUCUCAAGGAACGGGUGGUUAUGGAAAAAGUCAGGCUCAAGUUCAGCUGGAUUCUGAAUCUGGUGCUACGUUGACGGAUGCACAGAGCAGCGGUUGGAAUCAUGGUACUAAUUCUCAAGUACAAGCAAGCACAAGAGGUGGUAUGGCGGACGCCCAAGCAAAUGGCGAAGGGAGUACUUCAAGUCAAGCGCAAAUUGGUUUUCAACCGUAUCUUAAAACGGAUGAGAAGCUUGAAAGACAUUCGAGACCUUUCCGCGGAGGCGGAACAGCCUCCGCUCAGAGUGGUACAAAUAGAGGUCAAUCUCAAUCUCAACUCGAAGGAUCCUUCCAAUAUGGGAUUACGUACACCGGCGCUGCGCAGGCAGGAUCAGGAUCCGGUGCAGUAGCUUCUAGAAAACCGUUUAAUUUUAACCGCACAGAUACAGAGCUAUUCCAUCCAUUUAAACCGUACAAUAUUCCACAAAUUGGAAAAAAUAAUAAGAGCGAGACAACAAAUUUAUCGUCGGACGCUGAUUAUGAAUACAAUCAAAGUAAACUUCCACAAGGUUUACAAACAAGUUCGAGUUCUCAUAAAAUAAUUACUAGUAACGUAACGGGUGAACAGUCUCAGAAUGGGGCUAACAAUCAAAAUCAGUCUUCUGAAAAAUCACAUGUAGACGAUACUAUGUACGAGUACGAUGAAGAAUAUGAUGGAGACGAUUACGAUACCUCGCAGAUGCAAACUUCAAUGACUUCGAAACAAUCGAAAUCUUAUAUCGCGGAACAAAAUAACAGUGAUCAUCAAUCGCAAAUAAUACAAUUUACAACUGGAAAUCGAUACGAUGUCCGUGUGAACCAGGAUUCCAACACAGCACAGCCUGGUGAUACACUUCAAUUAGGACAAUCGUUACCAGGGUACACAAUUCCACCGGGUUUUCGUGGUAGAGUAACAUCUAUAGCUGGUGAUGAAACUAUUGCUCACGGUGACGGUAAAUCUCAGUCUCAAACAGUUUCUUUAACUCCGAUAGAACCAAACAUUACUCGUGAGAAUAAAUCGCCUAUUACGGAAGUCAGGUCACUUGAAACCGCUCAUGAAAAAUUAGCCAAAGAUCAUACUUUAUUUAGAGAUAAACACCAAAGACAUGGUUUCCCUCGUAUUAAAAAUCAAUUAACAUCCAUGGAGUACUCUAAGCCUACUACUAACGUGCCGAUAAAAUCAAGUUAUUACACGGUAACAAACAGCUUUGCUGGCAAAAUGGACGGUAGUAAAAAUUCACCGAGGAAGUAUGAACAUCGCUAUUAUACCAAAAGUUCUACUUGUGGAUACUUCACAUUUUCGUGUAACGUUGUGUAUGGUUCUAAUGGCAGGACAAAAAUCUGCAAGCCUAAAAUGCCAACACAUCCCGAUGGUACACCUGUGAAAUGUUAACUGAAUGUUAUUAAUUCUGAAAUCUCAUAUUGCUUAGGAAAAUUUUCCUUCUCAUUUUAUUUUCGUACAUUACUCCAUAGUUUACUAACAUUAGACAUACUUUUUAUUACAAUUUAGACUAUUCUUCUUUUUUUAUCUUUUGCAUUAAUU